AUGCCUCACCUUGACGCAUACGACGUCAUCUCCGUCGUCGGAAUCCCCGUGUACGCCGUCUUCCUCCUCUGCGCCGUCUACCUCUGCGCCAAGCAUGGCUUCAGCAAGUCCUCCGGCUGGCGAUUCCUCAUCGUCCUCGCCCUCGCGCGCAUCAUCGGCUUCGGCAUGCGCCUCGGCCUCGUCAACGACCCCACCAACACCAGCCUCUGGAUCGGCUGGAUGACGGUCACGAGUCUCGGUCUCGGGCCCCUCGUCCUCGUCCUCCUCUCCCUCUUGUCCCGCGUCUUCGAGUCCGUCCAUCGCCAGGGCCAGGUCGUCCUCAAGCCCAUCCACCAGCGGCUGAUCCAGACGCUCGUCCUGGCGGCCAUCGUCGUCACCGUCGUUGGCGGCACGCAGUCUUCGUUUCGGCUGGACAACGGCUCCGUCGCGGUCGACUACGGCACGGCCGCCCGCGUGGGCGUCGGUCUAAUGGCCGCAGCCGUGGCCUCGCUCGUGCUCGAGACCUUCGUCGCCUGUCUCAACCGGCGCUUUGUGGCGCAGGGCGAGCAUCGCAUCCUCCUGGGCGUCGCCGCUUCGCUUCCCUUUGUCGCGGUCCGGCUUGUCUAUCCCUGCUUGGUCGUUCUGGCGGGAACCAGCGCGGAUGUGUGGAUGUAUCUCUGCAUGUGUGUCCUUAUGGAACUGGCUGUUGUUUUCAUGCUCACCGUCUUGGGCUUUACCUUGGACAAGCUGACGGAUGCACCCAAGACGGACCCCGAGCAAGCUGCUUCUCAGGAACAGCAGCAGGGCCACUCCUGA